AAUUCGACAAGAGUAGCUUUGUGAAAUUGUUAAAUCUUUUUUUUGGUGGCAGGUUUUUCUGAAUUUUCUUUUGCCUCUGUUUUUAAGGGAUUGCAACAACAACAAAAAAUGGGUACAGACGAUGAAAUUGUAUCUGUGGAGCUACCAGCACCUUCUUCAUGGAAGAAAUUGUUUUCCCCAACAAAGUGAAGAAAACAGAGAUUGUGUUUGUUUCUCCAACGGGCGAAGAGAUCAGUAACAGAAAGCAGCUGGAGCAGUACCUCAAGUCCCACCCUGGAAUCCCUGGGAGCGCAAAGUUUGAUUGGACCACUAGUGGGACACCUAGGAGGAGAUCUGCAAGGAUCAGUGAGAAGACUAAGUCAACUCCCUCACCAGAUAAAGAGCCACCCAAGAAACGAGGUCGGACUAAAUCUUCAGGGUCAAAGAAAGAUACAGAUGAAGGUGAUAAACCAAAGGGAGGGGUGGAAAACUCUAAUGUGCAAGAAGAAGAUUCUGAAAUGACUCAUCCAAAGGAGAAGGGGAAUGUAACUGUUAAGGAUAGCUUUGGUGAAAUUGAGAAGGCAGACGACAUGGUGUCAGAGGAGAAAGACAAAAUGUCAUGAGCAGAAGCUAUUCAAUAGCCUUGCACUGCUCUGCUUCUGUAAGCUUAUCAAACUGUAAGUCAGUUGUUUCUCUAUUAAAUCUAUUGAAGUAUCUGUUUUACCUUUUCCUUUCAUGCUACUCUCUUUUUGUAUCGAAUCAAUGAUUAUCUUGAGGGUGUAUUAUGUGUAUGCAUGUUCUCUUAGGAUGUAACAGACUAUCUUGAGGAUAGUUAAUUAACUCUUCUGUAAAACUAUAGCAAUCCCUAUGCUUAUUCUACUGUUGCAGUCUUUAGUUUCCUUUUUACUUUUUUUCUCAUGGACAACCAAUGUUAUAAGAUAACCCAGAUCAAAGAUCAUCAAACUGGUUGAUCUUUAAAAGUACUUUUGAUUUUAGUCCAAUCUUUAUCCGAAAGUCAAACAAUGGUGACAAGUUUGCCUUAAAAAAAAGGAGAAAGCAAGAAGAAGACUGAAGAGCAAAAAGUAAAAACAGUUUUACUUUGAAGGUAAAGUAAGAAUCUAAUGCAAAGAAAGACCCACAACUUAUCUUGAUUCCUUCCUUUUGCAUGGUCCCCGUGACAAAAGUUUAGAAUCUUACU